UCGGUUUCCUGCUCCGGGCCCAGAGGUGGGACGCAGUCUAACGCCCCAGUGCUGGUACCCGGCUCUGAGCCAGACGUGGGCAAGUACGAACCCGCAGAGGCUCUGCCUCCAGGCUCCGCACGACUGACCAGCCGCCUCCCUCAAGUUUGCGGUUUCCAUCCACAGGGCCUUCCCAGGGUCUCCAGAGGCGCAGGAGGCACCGACCGAGCCCCGGGAAAGACCGACCGCACCCGGCACCGCGGGGGAGCCCGCGCCCAGCCCCCGGGCCGCGCCCGCCGCUGAGCAUCCGCACCCUUGCGGCCGCCCCAUUGGCCGGCGCCAGCUCUGCAGGGCUGCCCCGCAGCCAAUCGCGACCGGGGGGCGGAGCUGCGGGCUCGCCGAAUGCUCGGAGCUGCUGCUGUUCGCCGGGCCUCCUGUCCUAGCUGCCCGCCUCCCGCGGGGACCCUGCGAGGCGAGGCUGGCCAUGCAGGAGCCGCUGCUGGGGGCUGAGGGCCCGGACUAUGACACCUUCCCCGAGAAGCCGUCCCCAUCGCCAGGGGAGAGGAAGCGGGUCGGGGCCCUGCAGAACAAGAGGGUGUUCCUGGCAACCUUCGCUGCGGUGCUGGGCAACUUCAGCUUCGGAUAUGCCCUGGUCUACACGUCCCCCGUCAUCCCAGCUCUGGAGCACUCCUGGGAUCCCGACCUGAGUCUGACCCAACCCCAGGCGUCAUGGUUCGGGUCCGUGUUCACCCUGGGCGCAGCGGCUGGGGGCCUCAGUGCCAUGGUCCUCAACGACCUCCUGGGCCGGAAGCUCAGCAUCAUGUUCUCGGCUGUGCCCUCGGCAGCUGGCUACGCACUCAUGGCGGGUGCCCACAGCUUCUGGAUGCUGCUGCUGGGGAGGACACUGACAGGCUUCGCCGGGGGGCUCACAGCUGCCUGCAUCCCGGUGUACGUGUCUGAGAUUGCUCCUCCAAACGUUCGUGGGGCCCUGGGAGCCACACCCCAGCUCAUGGCGGUGUUUGGAUCGCUGUCCCUCUACGCCUUUGGCCUCCUGCUGCCGUGGCGCUGGCUGGCUGUGGCCGGGGAGGGUCCUGUGCUCGUCAUGGUCCUGCUGCUCAGCUUCAUGCCCAAUUCGCCUCGCUUCCUGCUCUCAAGAGGCAGGGACUCAGAGGCGCUUGGGGCACUGGCCUGGCUGCGCGGGGCUGACACCGACAUCCGCUGGGAGUUUGAGCAGAUCCAGGACAAUGUCCGGAGACAGAGCAGCCGAAUGUCGUGGGCUGAGGCCCGGGACCCCCACACGUACCGGCCCAUCAUCAUCGCCUUGCUGAUGCGCUUCCUGCAGCAACUGACGGGCAUCACGCCCAUCCUCGUCUACUUGCAGCCCAUCUUUGAGAGCACGGCCGUCCUGCUGCCCCCUGAGGAUGAUGCGGCCAUUGUGGGGGCAGUGAGGCUCCUGUCUGUACUGAUGGCCGCCCUUACAAUGGACCUGGCUGGCCGCAAGGUUCUGCUCUUCAUCUCAGCAGCCAUCAUGUUUGCUGCCAACCUGACGCUGGGGCUGUACAUCCACUUCAGUCCGAAGCCCCUGACCCCUAACAGCACUGUGGGCCUGGAGAGUGUGCUCUUGGGGGACCCAGGGCAGCCCCUGGCAACGCCUACCAGCUACCUCACCCUGGUGCCCCUGCUGGCCACCAUGCUCUUCAUCAUGGGCUAUGCCAUGGGCUGGGGGCCCAUCACCUGGCUCCUCAUGUCGGAGAUCCUGCCCCUUCGAGCCCGCGGCGUGGCUUCAGGGCUGUGCGUGCUCAUCAGCUGGCUCACCGCCUUUGCCCUCACCAAGUCCUUCCUGCUGGUGGUGAACGCCUUUGGCCUCCAGGUGCCCUUCUUCUUCUUUGCCGCCAUCUGCUUGGCAAACCUGGUGUUCACGGGCUGCUGCGUGCCUGAGACCAAGGGCCGGUCACUGGAGCAGAUUGAGUCCUUCUUCCGCACUGGGAGGAGGUCCUUCCUACGCUAGGUCAGGGUGCCCACCAGGGAGAGGCCAACCACUGGGCAGCCGGGCCUCUGCACUGGCCACAAACUGCACCCAAGUCCAGGAGGCAGCAGCAAUAUGUCACCUGCUGAGCACAGGACAGGCCCCCCGGGACAACAUGCUGGCUCUGGGCAGGCAGCACUGCUGACCAGCCCUGGCCUCGGCUGCGGCAUCAUACUCAUCAGCCAAGACCCACCGGCACGGGCUGCAGGAGGCAUGCGGCCCAGCGGCCCACACAAGGCUCUGCCAGGCACCCUUGGGCCUAGUCCCUUGCUCACACAUAGAGGAUGUCUCCUCGGAGGACUGUGAUGAGCAGGCAGGGCUGGGGCGGGGGAGUGGCUCUGCACAGGGUCACCAUCAUGUCACCCUGUCCUGAUCACUCAGCCACCACUGGGCACCUGGGCUAUGAGAAGGAAGGCGUGCACCCGAGAGGGCUUGUGCGUGCCACAGGGAACAUUCUGGACCCCCACAGACCAGGGCCCAGGACCCAACAGACUUGCUGUCUGCAAACCAUGUUCACCCUACUUGUAAAAUAAAGAAAUUGGGCCCCUGGCCCUGGAGAGGAA